AUGAAAGAGGAUAUUCAAGCGACGGGAAUGGACCAUGGCCAUGGCCAGGUCGAACCAAAUCCAACGGAAGGGAGGGAGCGGAGCUGUCCAGCAGUCAAAUUAUCUUGUAAGAAUUUGGAAUCCUUAAUUCAUUUCGUUCCUUCCAAUCCCGAUCCAUCCAUGGCGAGAACAAUUUCCGUCUCCAUUCCCCCGCACACCCACCACCACCACGGUCCCCGCCACUUGCCGCCACUCUCCGCCGUAGACCACCGCCAGUUCUUCAUCAGAUUCCCCAAGCGCACCCACUGCAAUCACUCCGCACCCCUUUCAGCUGCUUCCCCCUCUUCCUCUUCCUCUUCAUCUUCAUCUUCCACGUCGCCGCCCCAAAACCAGUUUCGAACGGGACGUUUUCUGACCAACGAGGAUGUAGAAAAGCUUGAAUUUCUCGGGAAAUUCAGCCACCAUCAGGAAUUGGAGUCAGGAUUUCUUUGGAUUCGGGUAAUGAGGGAAGAGGAAAUGGACUUGGCUGUGACCUUGUUGGCAGAGUCUUUUGCUGAAUCGAUGAUGAUUGCGGCGGGUUAUGUAAAACUUCUGGAGUUCCUGAUUAGGAAUUACCUGAUUGAGAGGAGGGAGAAAAUGCCUCACAAUGCUACACUCCUAGGGAUUUAUCGGGAAAAUGGGGAGGAAGAUUUUGAGCUGGCAGGGACUGUGGAAUUGACUUUUAAUCGACAGGGUGCCAACGCGAAUCCUCCCACUCCCACUCCGCCUAAAAGUUCACCAUACAUUUGCAACAUGGCUGUGACGAAGCCUCUUCGAAGGAGAGGCAUUGGUUGGCAUCUACUGAGAGCAGGUGAGGAACUUAUUUCACAAAUGAGUUCGUGUAGAGAUGUCCAUCUGCAUUGCAGAAUGAUCGAUGAAGGUCCAUUGAAUCUGUACAUGAAAGCAGGCUAUAGAAUUGUUCAGACGGACAGCAUCUUAACCUUGUUAACAUUACAGAGGCGUAGGCAUUUGAUGUGCAAAGAACUCCCUGUCUCUAAUGAUACUUCUGCACCAGGUAUUGAGGAGGAGAUUUCUUGAUUGAUCAGCAGCUAGUCACUGAGUUUUGAGGUAAAGAAGCAUGGAAUUAUGUUUAAAUGCUCCUAUACACAGCUUGUUAUAUAUUGCAAUCUUCUAUACUCCAACUGUGAACUGUUGUUGUACACUAUACUAAAUUAGUAAGCAAAACAUCCCUUUGGUUAA